GAUGGGGUGCAUCCCAUCCUUCUGGAUCCACUGUAGGACAAACUCUGAUGUAAUAUCAAACACUUCAUAUUCGAAAAGUUUGUGAACAUACAAAUUCAGAGCAUCCAUCCUUUGAUAAAUUGGUUUGGCCUUAUCAAGCAGCGUUGUUUGUAUGGUCAAAAACCGACAAAGACAACGUUUGAUGAUUUAACCGUGGGCAUAAAUAUUGUGGAUUACUCGGAUAAUUUGCCUAAUUAGCAUAUUGAAGUUAUGGCCUGUGGCAGCUCAAUAGCGUCUGUUGACCGUUGUCUUCUCAUAUUUCAUUGAUGCGUCCUCUUGAGUAUGAGAAUGUGUGUGACCACGCGAGCAGGAGGAUGUCGGUUGAAUUGAUGAAGUGAGUGUGCGUGGCGACGUUUAAUUGUAGAUGGACCAUCUGGGAAGUUCUUCAUCAUCAAUUUGCAAAACAUUCAUACCAAAUCUUUUCAACUUUCAGAUGAGCCUUUUUGAUUAUGUGGCAUGGAAUAAUAUUCUGAGACUGAGACAUCCAGAAGAUAUCCUCGAUUCUAAAUGCUGUUAAUCAAGUUUCCAUGACCAAGGCAUGAGUGCCAAGUCCUGCAAGUCCAGAGGGACCCGAACAAGCCUCAGCUCAGUCGAGAAUGAGGAUCCAAACUUCGUGAGCCCAUUCAAGAAGCUCCGAUUGUGUUCUACGCCCAAGUUGAAAUCGUCUAAUAAUCUACCAUCGCCCUCUCUGUACAUUUCUCCAAAACAAGCGCUUGGGAAUAAGAUUGGCAGUCUGGUUGCGGGAAAAGGACAGCUGAAAUUAUCAAUUUAUAUGAACUGUGGCCUUCUGACUGUACACAUUAUUCAAGCUAGACGUCUCAAGUCCAAAUGGAAAGCAUUAGGAGAUGCAUAUGUUAAGAUUUCACUGGUGCCAGACACAGAUAGAAGAUCAAGAUGUAAAACCGCUGUUAUCCCUGACACAAAUAACCCACUCUUUGACCAGAAGUUUUCAUUUGAACUUCUUGAGGAGGAUCAUCGGAAGCGUUUGCUGGUUUCUAUAUGGCACAGGGAUGAGACAAAUAACCGCAGCGAAUUCUUGGGAUGCAUGUCCUUUGGUGUGAAACAUCUUCUGGAGCCGACGAGACCCGUAAAUGGCUGGUACUACCUCCUGACAGAGGACACUGGACGGAGGAAACACCUCCAGGCCCCGUCGGAAAAAAGUCCUGCACUUAAAGAGAGAUGUCACAAAAAUAUUCCUGAAGUCAACAAAGAUGUGCUAUGGAUGGACCCACUCAAUAUUACUAUUAAGAGACGGAAGACUGGAUAUGGAUUCACACUUGUGGGCUGCAGCCCAGCUGCCAUUGGCCGUAUUGAUGCAGGUUCUGCAGCAGAAGAGGCUGGGCUGCAGAGUGGUGACUGUAUUGUCCGAAUCAAUGGACAAAAUGUCUCUCGGUCAUCAGCGGAUAGCGUUGGGCGAAUCAUUCGCCACUGUCGCCAAAAGGUCAUCCUGGAUAUCCAGCGGGCAAAGAGGCUGGACGUCCCCGUUAUGGAAUCCCUUGAAAGCAGCCCAUCCAUCCAGCAUGCAGGAGACUCGAAACGACCAUCACGAUCUGUCGAGAAUGACCACCUCGCAGACUCAUCGGACGAUUCAAAAGAGAAUCAAACUCGACAGAGGUUGGAGUCACGAGGGGUUAAUACUGUAACACCAUCUUUAACCUUUAAUUAUCAGGACUUGCCAGAUAUUGAGACAUUUCGACAAGAAGCCACACAGAGAUUAUUAAAAUGUGAGGAGUUGUACAUCAAGUCUAUGAGAGACGGUAUCAGCCGGUAUCUAAAACCGCUUAAACGGCAGAUACUGUCAACAACAGAGCACAGCACCGUGUUCCAAAAUAUUGAAAAGCUCGUGACGAUCUCGGAGUAUUACGUCCGUCAGCUGAAGCUUAAUAGUCUGCCGUAUAUCGACAUGGACAAGCAGCGAGAUGGCUUUAUUGAUGCUGGCGGAUACAUCUAUAUGUCGAAGUUACAAUUGGUGUGUGAGGCCUAUACCACAUAUUGUUCCCGCCUCCAGCAAGCCAAGAUAAAACUAGCUAAACAGAUGAAAGAUGAGGACUUUAGGACAUUUAUUGAGAAUGCCAUGAGCAAUGACACAAGUAAUUUCCUAACUCUUGAGGAAUUCCUGAUCAAGCCCCAGCAGCAUGUUUGGCAGAUGUUGAUCCACUUGCAGUCGGUUCAGAUGUACACAUCAACACAGCAUCAUGACUUCUCUUUCAUUGAGGAAGUUGUCCAAGAACUGCGGAAGUGUUGCACAGCUAUCAGCUACAGUUCCCCAUCAAGUGGCCAGGGGAGUCCCUCCUACAUCUCAACGAGCACCUCCAGAUCCACCACCACAUCCUCAUUGGUCAGUUCCUCGUCAUGUGACUCCGAGAUCGUCGAUCUUCAAAAUCGUGUGUCAUUUUCGGAAGACGUCAAGACGAUUCCGCUCGUCAUCCCGAACCGCCAUUUUAUCUACAGCAGCGGCUUGAAGCAGAUGCAAUUGAAAGGCCAGCGUAAGAUCUUCAUGCUCCUCUUCACUGACAUCCUUCUGAUCGCUGAGCAGGACACGCCAAAUAAUUUCAUCAUCGUCGAGGAACCAGUAUAUCUGACUGACAUCGUCUUCCAAGAUUUCUCAAGGCCUAAUGUUAAUGAGUUUCAAGUCAUCUGGAAAGUUAACGAUAGUUACCAGUCCAUGGUGCUAAAAGUCCCGUGUAUUGAGCAGAAACACACAUGGAAAGCGUUACUACAACAGCGGCUGGAGACCAUAAGAUCUAUGAGUGCGGAUUUACGUGAAGCCCGCCAGAGAGCAGCAUAUGCUGGACAGUCUCUGCCACUUUCAGAGGAGACAACUUCAGAGCAAUAUGAAUGACAGGAGACUUCUGCAUAUUCAAGGUGGAUAUGGAUUGCUUCAAAAGUGUCAAAUCUUCUCCAAUAGUGCUUAAAAAAACGGACAGCUUAAAAGCUGUGCUAAGUCUUCUGCUCAGACAAGGCAUGUGAGCCAAGAAUGAACUUGGACUUGAACUUGAACCCAAAGCUAUAAAAGAUGCUUCCCCCAAUUGAUAGCUGGUUCCCUCCAAAUGUUGUCUCACCACUUGUAGUCCUACCUGUAAACCCGAUUGGAGGAAUACUUAUUGGGCCCAAAUGUCUUGUUUGUCAGUAAAUCAAUGGUGCUAUACAUAAAUGUAUAUUUAUUUGUUUAUAAAUGUAAAUUUCUAUAUUGUUAGUUUGUAUAGAUAUGGUAUGAUUUUAGCUAAGCCAACAUCAAAACAGAAUGUGGGCAGAAAUGUAGAAGCAGUGAGAAGAAAGCUGUUUAUUAUUUUCUCUACUGUAAACCUGGUCAGGAGCUGUUCGUGACUCAGGCAGCUCCACACCACAAAUUGAAAUGAAAGACUAAGAAAUAGCUCUCUACUGUAAACAAGGUCAAGAGCAGUUCCUGACUGUACGGCUGAGUGUACGGCUUCUGCUCAUAUUACCCCACAACCUUGUAAAUAAUCAUUUGGCUAAACCAGUACAUGUUACAGUGUAUAUGUAGUAGAUUUGUUGUGUAUAGAGAAGUAUAGCUACUUGUUGGAAAUAAAUGGACAACCUAUUGAAAAAUAUG